CAGCACAUGAAAGUUCUCUCUUCCAGCUGCAGGCUCCGUUCCACACCCCUCAGUGUCUAACUGUGUGUUUGGCCCUUUCUCGCUCAGAGAUGAACCGUGUCCAUUUGAUUCAGUUCAGAAACGGGUCUAAAAGAUGCCUCUCUCACACUAAAAUGCAAUAAAGCUUACAAACAAAUUUGUGGCUGAAAUCAUGACAACUUCGGUAGAAGUAAAAGUCAUACCAAACUUCAUUUAGCAGUUUAAGCUUACCUAGCUUUGUCCAGCACAAAGCAUCAAACCUAACUACAGUAAUUGUUAGAUGUGCUUAAUAUAUUAGCUUCUUGAUAAUGAGAUGAUGCACUGUUGGGGUUUUCUGAAGUCAAUCGAGGUCCCACCACAACUUUAUAUGAACAUAGUUCAGUGUUGGAAAUGUUCAAACAAAUUAGGAAACUGAAAUUAUUUAUUUAGGACAACACUGUUGGCGGUAAUACCAGAGUCAGUGUAAUGAACUGCUUAUAGUAUAUAUCAGGAUUUUUAAAAUCUUUUAUUCUGUUAGAUUAUACAAAAAUAAAUUUCCAUGCAAGUACCUUGUGGAAAAUUCGGAGAACAUUUUACUUGGCCAGUUUAGGCCUACACUUGUGUGUGUGUUAUGUUAGGCUGCCUAGAGUAACUGCCUAGAUGUGUCAGGUGUAUGUGGAGGCAAUGUUAGAUUGAAACAUUUCUAAACAGAGUUUGGUGUGACCCGGUACAGCCGGUUUCAGAGUCACAGAAAAGCACUAAGGGCCAGUUCCAGAAAGCAGGUGUGACAGACUCUGAACCUAACACCUGACCUGGGGAACUUAACUCUUUGUUCAUGAUGAGUUAAGUACAUGUGAGGUAAAUGAGAAAAUCCAUCACCAGUGGAGCUCAAACGCUGGCAUUCAUCAACAGGCUGGGGGAUCCUAGCAAGGAAAAGAGGCAAAAGGGCAACACUGAGGAACCAUCUGUGUUUGGUUAACAGAAGGCUGCUGGAUCCUGCAAUGCCAGAAGAGGCUAAUAAGGAUGCCAUGAGAAUGCUAGUAACCCCAGAGAAGGCCAACAGUGAGCAUCCUGCACCCACCAUGACAACAGUUAACAUUCCCCUGGUCAAUGAAGUCCAGUUGACCGCAGCUACCGGUGGGACUGAGCUCUCCUGCUAUCGCUGCACCAUCCCGUUUGGAGUGGUGGUUCUCAUUGCAGGUAUUGUAGUAACUGCUGUGGCUUACAGCUUCAACUCCCACGGAUCCACAAUCUCUUACUUUGGGCUGGUGCUCCUCUCUGCCGGACUGCUGCUCUUAGCGUCCAGCGCUGUCUGCUGGAAGGUGAGACUGGCAAGGAAGAAGGAGAAGCGACGAGAGAGCCAAGCCGCUCUGGUUGCCAACCAGAGGACUAUUUUCACUCGAAUUAGUGAUUAUGAACAAUACAAAUCCUGAUUUCUAGAGUCUGAAAAUGCCUUAUCUUGAGCUGCUUUGUAGCUGGAUGAGAACCAGCUGUAAGCAGAUGUUCUCCAGCAUGUGUUGGUUUUCUGACUUGUAAAAGCUUUGACCACAAACUCUCAACUCCCAGAACUUAAAGCUUUGAAGACAUUGUAUGGGAUUUAUUUGUCAAACAAACGCCAGGCAUCUGGCGGGCUGGGCACACAGCCAGAAGGAAUGUAUCACAAUUAAAAUGAAUUACCAUUGUGCAAAGCGAUGUAGAGGAAGUCUCUCAUUAAUCUGCUUUUGGAUGUGGUGGUUUUGAUUGUAAUGGGAGGGACAGUGGUUUGAAAAGCGCAGGAAAGGAGAGGGAAACUGGAAAAUCUAGGACAAUGAUUGAUGCCUCGUUUACUACAUUUGCUUCACUUCAGAUUGUUCAGCUCACAGAUAACGACAGUAAAUUGCCUGUUAUAGAACUAUGGUACUUUACAUUAAGUUUUUCUUUAAACUCUGCCCAUAUGUUUUGUUUAGCAUGUCACAUUAGAUGGCAGAUGAUAUUAUACGCUUAGAGGGAAUAUUUAACCUUAAAUACAUAUGUUCUUAAAGCACUUUGAUCUUUUAUAAUCAUCCUAUUUAGUAUUAAACAACUUGUUUUAACAAAUUCAAUAAAUGAUACAUCAAAAUUGCGAGUAGUAUUACCUACUGUGGUGAAUUUGGAACAAAGAAAUUGUGUUGUGGCAAUGAUCUUGUUGUCUGCAGUGUAAUCCAUAAUGUAAAAAAAAAGCAAUGUAGCAUACUGAUUUGUUUUGAUGUAAUCAUUUGCAUGUGUUAACUGUUAACUGGACAUCAUGUGGUUUAUUAAAGUUAUGAAUGCUUAAACAUGUAAUUAGUGUCACAGUUGGAGGAACAAGUUUCAGCAUUAAUUAGAGCUUGACUGACAGGAAUGUUGGGGUGUUCAAAUACCUUAAAACAUUAAGGUUUAUGUUCAUUUUUUUUUAGGAAAUCUGCUUUUUUCUGCUUCUAUGUAAGAGCAGAGAUGAGAAGAUCAAUAUCCCUCUGAUGCCUGUGUGUUGAGCUGGAGCUGUGGUUAGCCUUGCUUAGCCUGAAGACUGGAAGC